AUGUCAAGUAAUACUACAUCAUCAUCAUCAUCAAUAUCUGGUCGUACAGAUAAAGUAGUUCCAGUUUUUCCUUGGUUUGGUAUGGAUAUUGGUGGAACAUUAGUUAAACUUGUUUAUUUUGAACCACUUGAUUUAACAGCUGAUGAAAUUCGAACUGAAGGUGAAAUUUUAAUGAAUAUUCGUCAUUAUUUAACAUCUAAUCGUGCUUAUGGACAAGAAGGUGUACGUGAUGAUGCACUUGAAUUAAAUAAUAUACAAUUAGGUGGUCGUCAAGGAAAUCUUCAUUUUAUUCGUUUUCCAACAUCAAAAAUGCCGAAUUUUAUCGAUUUAUGUGCUAUGAGACAUUUACAUACAUUAACAUUUGAAAUAUUUGCAACAGGUGGUGGUGCUUAUAAAUUUGAAAAAGAUGUUCUUGAAAAAUUAAAAAUAAGUUGGUGUAAAUGUGAUGAACUUGAUACAUUAAUAAACGGUUUAAGUUAUUUAAGUAAACUUAAUCCAAAAGAAUGUUUCUAUUAUGAAGAACCACAAAAUGAUGCUAAUCCAAAUAAACAUCCAUUUACAUUUGAUAUAAAACGUCCAUUUCUAUUAGUUAAUAUUGGUAGUGGUAUUAGUAUUUUACAUGUCGAAUCGGAAACAAAUUAUCGACGUAUAACUGGUACAAGUAUAGGUGGUGGUACAUUUUUAGGUUUAUGUUGUUUAUUAACAGGAUGUUCAAGUUAUGAUGAAGCUAUUAAAUUAGCUAGUGAAGGAGAUAGUACAAAAGUUGAUAAAUUAGUUAGAGAUAUAUAUGGUGGUGAUUAUGAGAGAUUCGGUUUGCCUGGUCAUAUUGUAGCUAGCAGGUAAAAUUAAAAAGAAAAUAUGAGUAUGUAGAACAUACGGAAAAAAUAGGGAUGGAAGUAUUUUAAUUCCUUAAAAAAAAUGUUUAAGUACGUUCUCUCUAUAUAGUCUUAUAGUAAAAAUAAUGCAUUACAUUUCUGUUAUAUUUGAUCAUUCUUCAAUUAAUAUUAUACUAAUAAAAUUUUAAUAAGAGCUAUUUUUUAUGAUAUGUUGUAACGGUAAUAUUAGAUUACGUGUUGUCUCCAAUGUGUAUACUAUUCUUUAUUUCGCUUUCUCUAAUGUUUAAACGUCUAUACACAUUAGGAUGUAGAACAAGUUGUGCCGAUAGAGCAAAAAAAAGAAACAAGUUCACCAAGUCUUUACUUCAUUAAAUGUUCGAACUAGUCUUGUUUUGAUUAUUUAUAUAUUUAAUUGCAUUAGUUGAAUUCAUUUAUCCAACAUUUUUCUAUAGUCAACGAAUCCAUCAGUUUAUUUACAGUACGAUAUAACAAUCUGGAAUCAUUCGAAUAAAUAAAAAUCAUAUAGUACAAGAUUGGAAGAAUUAUUCAAGUAAAAACUUGAUAAAUUUAUUUCUUAUUUUGUAUAUUCUAAUAUGUAUAGACGGGUAGACAUUAGAAGCAGCAAGAAAAAAGAAGAACAUGAAGAAUAGAAUACAUAGUGAAGGCAAAAUGUGAUCUAAUAUAUAACCGUCACAUAUCAUAAAUAGAUCUUAUCGAGAUUUUAUUAUUAUAAUAUUAGUUGAACAAUGAUUAGAUAUCAGAAAAAUUUAAAGUAAUGUUUUUACUAUCAGACUAUGAAAAGAAAAAGAAUUUUUCUUUAAGCUUUUUUUAUAAGGAAUUAAUGUAUUUUUGUCACUACUUUUGCUAUGUCCUAAAUAGAAAUUCACAAUUAAUUACCUAUAUAAAAUAGACUGAUGAUGCUAUUUAGAAAAACUACCUAAUUUUGUUGGGUUUAUAUAUAUACUUGUUUCAAAUAAAAUAGUGCUUGAAUAUGAUAUACACGUAAGUCCUAACGAAAAAAUUGACGUGAAGAAAAAUAAUAUGAUAUUGUAGUGAACAUUUUUUUUGUGUUUACUGCAUUCUUCUAUUGUAUGAUAACAUUGAUUGGUUUGUAGUUGUAACUAAAAUUGUUCGAGUGUGUAAUACACGGUGUUUCAGUCUAUCGUUCUAAUCAUGAUAUAAAACAUGGUCUAAUAGAUCGAUAAAUUUUGCCGUAUGAGUAGGUAUAAUUGUGACUUUUACUAAUAUCUUGUGUCCUACAUUAUGAAAUACUUCUUUAAUAUUUGAUAUAUUUUGAAUCUUUUAUUCUGUCUAAUACUAAAUCUAUACAAUAAGAAUUAAGCAUGCUACAUGUAGUUCAUUACAAUUUGUAUUUCACUAGACGAUUUCAAUCGACGAAAGUAAGAAACUGCUAGAUAAUCAUAUGAUUAUACUACGCUUUGAAGUGUAGUUUUUCUAUAGUGAUUUGAUGAUUCAUCUAGCUUAAUCUUUUUGCUAAAGCUGCCGU